UGUAGUCUUUUCGUGAAAUGUGCGUCGUCAAGAAGCUUUUUUUGCACACAGCACAUUCAGUUUUAUUUUAGUUUUGUUUUUCCAACAUACAGAAAUAUAAAUACAUUUUAUACACCUACAUAACUACGACAUUGCAUAAAAUAAUGUUUCAACAAAAAAAUAAAUGUUUCAAGACAAAUAAAAUUAUUUAAAUGCUUUGCCAAUGUACAUAUGUAUUUGAUAAACUAUAACAAAAAUAAAAUCAGAACAACAAAUACGCAUCCGCGAGAUAGGAGGAAAAUAGAUGUGUUUGAAAAUUGCAGUGCCUUCAAUAAUGUAAAAAUAACAAAAAAUCAACUGUUACACCAAUUUCUAAGAUGUACUUUACUUCAAAUGAAGUGCGCAUCAGUUAAUGUCUAAAGAGCCUAUAAACUGAGUAAGCAAUGAGGCAGCUGGACAAGCGCUACAACGAUCGGCAACGCCAAGAAUUAGUAAUACACAUCUGUUGUUGAAGAAUGAAUGACAACAACCUGCAACAAUGGUGGGAAAAUACAUACCGUCGACACCAACAACUAGAAGCCACAGUCGAUAGCAAUAUUAAUAUCGUAAGCCAAGGCAAUAUCAAAACCCAAGUUUUGCAUUACACACUUCUUGACGACAAUUCUUAUGAUGGAGGUGGAAGUCUUGAACCUGGAGGUCAUGAUUUCGACUAUGAUAAUUACGGAAAUUUCACGAUAACAAAUUCUUAUGGCCCAGAGGCUAGUGGAGACACUGAACAUGCUAUUCCAUCGAUAACAAUCUUACUGUUAGCCAUUAGCUAUGGUUUGGUUGUAUUCGGUGGGGUUGUAGGAAAUUCUACGUUGGUACUCACACUGUGCUCGGCCUCAUCUGUAAGAUUGAGAAAUCCACUGUUGUUGGGUGUAUGCAUUGCGGAUUUACUAGUUACAGGCAUAUCAGCACCUGUCACACUCCUGAAUUUAGCCAUGAAUCGCGGAACCAGAUCUCUACCUCUCUUACUUUGCAAGCUUAUACACUUUGUUCAGGUUAUGCCAGUAGCCGCAAGUACUAUUUCAUUCUUCAUGCUCUCUCUGGAUCGUUAUGCAACCGUUAAGCAUCCGAGGCUGGCACAAUUAAGACAGCGUCGCCAUCUGCACGUGUCAUUGGCAAUGCUUUCAUGGAUUACUUCAGCAGUCAUAAGCAUGCCAUUUUUAUUUGCGUAUAAAAUAAUUGCAAAGUCAGUGAUUAUUAAGGGCUCUGGUGCAAGCACCAGUACAACGCCAAAUCCCGUUAGCAUCAGCUGCACGUCUGAAUUAGGUGCUAACAAUAUGUUCAUGUCAUUUAUCAUAUUUCAUACGAUAGUCGUAUUUAUUUUACCCGGUCUCGGCGUGUUGCUUAACCACUAUGGAGUUCGUCGAAAGCUCUGUGCAUUAUCAUUGACAGCUCGUGCGGCGCAUGGUGAACUGCCGUUACCGAUGCCGAUACUGCGUCGUCAAACGCACAUGGUUAUUGUUACAGGAUGUGCCAAUGCUCAACACGCAGCAUGCGGCGGAGUCACAACUGUAGAUGAUACCUCAAACGGCAAUGUUGAAGGUCAAAUUACAGUCAGUCCUGGAGAUAUUCAAUUGCAUAACUUAAAACCAUGCUUGCCAGGAUCUAGCGCGGCCUUGGAGCCCGGGUCUUAUCGCUCCAACAACCCUAUAUCACCAAGAGCUAUGAGGGAGAUUCGUGCCCAUUCACAACGGCAGCGUAUUCAUCGUUCAGGACGCGGACCCGUCACACCUGGUAUACCUCUACCACAAACGUCGACGCUACGUUCCCGUCGAGAUUUGGCAAAUAUGCUAGUUGCUUCCGCCUUCAUCUUCAUUGUAUGCUGGGCGCCUCAUGUCUUCUGUAUAUUCUAUAAGAAUUUUGGCUAUAAGCAAUACUGCAGCAAGGCUUCCAUAUACUUUAGUCUUUUACUGGGAUACUUUUAUUCGGCAAUUAGUCCAGUAAUUUAUUGGGCACUCAACAAUAACACGCUACGACAAUCGCCAUGUGCUCCCAUCAUACGCCUGCGCUCUAUGCAAAACUUUCUGCGUUCACGCUUUAGAUCAAACACUGUACCGCCAGCAGCUUCUUCUACAAACGAGGCAGCACUGGGAGCUUUCAAUCCGAAGUUGAUUAAACUAACACCGAAGCAGUACAGAGCUCAGGCCUCCUCGCAUUAUCUCUACUAGUGUGAUACUAAACUAAAAUUUAUAUAUGUACAUAUAUGUAUAAUGUAUUUUGUACUUUCAACUUCAUAAGCUUUUUACCCAUAAAAUAUCUUCUAAUUUUUUUCUAAAACUGAUUACACCUAGAAUACAUAAUAACUAUAAUGAAAACAUAUAUCAAUUUAUGUAACUAAUUAAUUUCACAAAAAUCAUAUUUACAUAAAUCAGUGGUUGGCGCGUCCCUUUUCCUUUACAUCGUAG